GACUGAGUGGCGUACUCACGUGGCGGUGAGCCCCUUCAGUAGUGCCACCAGGACCAGCACCUCAGUCUGUGUCCACACUCGUCGCGGUAGCAGUCCCCCAGCAGUCUGGUCAAUGGUGUUUUCUUUCCAUGUGUUCCGUAAGAGCGCCCCGAAUGGCAAGGUGUCGGUGUACGUGGGCAGGCGGGACUACACCGACCACCUCACCCACGUAGACCCUAUAGACGGUAUGGUGUGGUUGGAGAAGGACUACGUGAAGGAUCGUCGGGUGUUCGCACAGGUGGUGAUGACCUACAGGUACGGGCGGGAGGAGGACGAGGUGAUGGGCCUCACCUUCGCCAGGGAGGUGGUGGUGGCAUCCGCCCAAGUCUACCCUCCAGCUCCUCUCCCUGCUGGACCUACCAGCCUGCAGGAGCGGCUGCAGAAGAAGCUAGGGACCAACUCAUAUCCCUUCCACCUGGAGCUCCCUAGAAACGCCCCGGCCUCUGUCACCAUACAGCAAGGGAAGGAGGAGACAGGUCGACCAUGUGGGGUACACUGGGAGUUGCGGGUGUUUGUGGGCACCAGCAACGACGAGCAGCCUCACCGCCGCUCAUGUGUCAGGCUCCUCGUCAGGAGGAUGCAGUACGCCCCGGCUAAACAAGGUCGUCAACCUAUGGCCUCCUGUGCCAAGGAGUUCCUGCUCUCUCCUGGCAAACUGCACCUCCAGGUCACCCUCGACAGGCAGAUCUACUACCACGAGGAGGCGAUCGGGAUGACUGUGAACGUGACGAACAACUCCAACAAACAGGUGAAGAAGGUGAAGGUGAGCGUGGUGCAGCUGUGUGACGUGUCGCUGGGACCCACCGGCCAGAUCAGAAACACCAUCUGCAGCAUCGAGUCACAAGUUGGGUGUCCAGUGGUGCCGGGGUCCUCACUCACCAGGACCUUCCGGCUCUCCCCUACCCUGAAGGACCACCGCCAGCGUCGAGGCAUCGCCAUGGAGGGGAGACUUAAGGUGGAGGACACCAACCUUGCUUCCUCCACUCUGUUCACCAACCCAAGCCACCGUGACCAGUUCGGGGUGGUGGUGUCGUACGUGGUGCGCGUCAAGCUCACUAUGGGCACCCUGGCCGGGGAGCUCAUCGCCGAGGCACCCUUCACACUCAUGAAUCCGCCCCCUGAUGACUACCUGGCCUUAGUGAAGGACGGGAGGCAGGAGAGCUUAGACGAGACGACGCGGCUGGUGAUCGAGGAGUGCCGUAGGAUGUCCAUGUCCGACCUGCUGAUGGGCACCCAAAAGUCACAAGAGUCCGUGGACAAGACCCAGGCGGAGACUCAGGCGAAGGAGGACGAGGUGUUCGCCAAGGAGGCUUCUUACCCGCCACUUCGUGAUGAAGAAGCCAAAAAGAAAUAGAACAUCCACGAUGAUGGUUCUUGUUUUGAUGGUGGGGUUACUUAAGGUGGCGGCACACUGGGCACUUUCCUGUAAACAUGUUUGGCAAACAUGGUCCGGCCAGCAAAACAAAGAGACGUUUGCGUCACACCAGGAUGUUUUGUUGGCGCGUCUGCCCAGCGCAACGAAAACAACAACAAAGCGUCUAGACGAGGUUCGCCAUGGAUCCCGUUACUACAGUUGAGGCCUUGCAGGAUUGUGCUAUAGUUCUUCAAUUGCUGAAACAAAUUAGGCAUCUGCAAAGGCUAAAGAAAAGACAAUAGGUGCGUCGUGAAGUUUCUUUAAAAGUGGCGGCGGCUGGCUGGUCAAAGAAGACCCUGAAUAAUGAUUUAAUAAUACUAUAAAAGUUUUAAAGUGACGAAUAAAUAGAAUUAUGUCACCAUUUGUGUGUCAUAUUUUAAAUCAUUAUUGUUUCAUGAUUUAUUUCAAAAUUUUCUUAAAAUUAUAUAAAGCAAAGAUCCACACCAAACCGUUGUCCAUUUCUCGCAACAGCAGAAAUCCUGCUGCUUGUUGGGCCGUAAGGCCAACGCCUAGCAAUACGGGCAACCUAUUUGGAGAAAAAUAUCCAGUGUGCCGCCACCUAUGAGGUACAAGUGGUGAGUUAACAGUGCUCGAGAAGAACUUUAUAAGUACCUGUUUAAUUAAGACCACCUACUAUAAGAUAGUGGACUUUGUAAAAAAAUCAGAUUUCUCACAGAGACAACGCAGUUUACAGUAAAUUUAAUUAUAAAUUCCACCACGGUGGUCGAGUCCUGGUCACGCCCAGGAUCAUGAAGAAUCUGUGGCAGAACUUCAACACCCCUAUUAUUGUUUUAUCAUUUUGUUGCCCUUAUUAUUAUAAUAUCUUAUCUAUCAGUAUUUAUUGGAGGCUUCUCCUUUUAUACUUCAGAAUGGGUGAUGCAAAAGUUACAACUGUCCUCUCCUCUCACACUUUCGCCUUCACUCAAUCCUUACACUCCUACUCGGCACCUACACCCUCUUGUCUCACCAACUAUCUUUUUUAUCAUUGUAGGCCUUACAUACUGUCAUCUCCACAAAUGCAUGCAUAUUCACUCCUAUAUUUUACUUGAAUAUCCUUUCCUUUAAUCUGAAUUUUCCAGUUAAUGUCUCUCACAGCAUUCUCCCAACAACACAUCCUUCCUUGAAAUUCUGCCUCGGCUGCUAACAUUCCAUUGUCUUCAUGUCGCAAUUCCGUGUUUCAUCAGCAGGCAACACACCUAAUACAAUAAUUCACACUUUAUUUUUCCCCCACUUUUCGGUAUUCUACUUUAAUUUCAGCUAUUUAUCUGCUCGUUAAAUGCAGAAUUGACAUGCAGUUCUUUCUAUUACAGGAGAUACUAGUUAUAUAUAGCCUAUCUUACCUACUUACGGCAGCUUUCAUUCCAUAAAAUACUUACUACACCCCCACGAAUUUCCGUAUCAACUGUGACAAACGGAUACGUUAUACAGUGUACUUGUUUUUGUUUUACAACAUAAUUUCAAUAAACAUUCUCAUAGUUAUCAUGUUGAAACAGUGUUGUCUCCUUUAAGUCCUCCAGUUUUAACCAUCGUCUUGUGAAUCCUUAAUUCUCUGUCGCCUCGCCUCUUUUACCUGUAGACUGUCUUGAGAAAAUUCCCCUCUCUGUGUGGUGGUUAAGUUAAACGGCCCUUCUGUGCAUUCCAUUUUACGUAUUACUUGAGAUAUGUUAAACACUUAUUUACAACCUCACCCUCAUCUCCACGAGCCUCGCUGCAUCAUCCCUUCUUGUCAAUUUGUUUUAUUUGUACUGGUAUAAAAAUACUGCCAUCCAGAUGUAUUGUUCAGCCUCUA